AAUAAAAAUAGUGAAAACAAACACAAUAAUUGUUAUUUAUAGAUAUAAGACGAUAAUGGGCCUUAUUUUCUAGAAUUCUAUUAGAGUUUGGGCAAAGACAUAAGUGAGCCCAAUACUCCAAAUUAGUGAACCUGCAAAUUGAGCAAAAACCCAAAACCCUAAUACCGUCGAGUUAUCGCCGGUGAAAAGACAAUCGCCGAUUCUCUCACAGUAACUCCUGUACUGAAUUAUCCGAAAUUCAAGAGCCAUGGACAUUGAUGAGAACGAAAAUAAGCUCAGGUCUCUGCAUAUAUCAUCCCUCGAUGAAGAGGAGGAUGAAGACGACGACGUGGAAGACGAACUCACCGAUGAAGAUGACGACGAAGAAGAUCGAGUGCCAAUGACUUUAGGGUUUGCGGAGAAGCCGAAAUAUCCAUGGUCACUGCUCCCCCAAUAUUUCCCCAGCAAAGCUGGUGGCAUGCCGGCAUGGUUGGACCCAGUAAAUUUACCUUCAGAGAAGUCCAGUCUUUGUGAUUUUUGCGGUGAGCCUUUGCAGUUUCUUCUCCAGGUUUAUGCACCUUUACCUGAGAAUUCGACUUUUCACCGAUCAUUGUUCAUUUUCAUGUGCCCUUCAAUGGCAUGUCUUCUUCGCGAUCAACAUGACCAGUGGAAGAAGCAUCCAGAGACUCCAUCUAGAAGUGUCAAGGUUUUCCGGUGUCAAUUGCCACGGGUGAAUCCCUUUUACGCCAGUGAGGCACCAGCUGAAGAUGGUACUGAGCAACCCUUGACUGCAGGAGCAAUACUUUGUAAUUGGUGUGGUACAUGGAAAGGGGACAAAAUUUGCAGUAGCUGUCGAAUAGCACGUUAUUGUUCUGGAAAGCACCAGACUGCUCAUUGGCGAUCCAGUAACGCUAGUCACAAAGUCUUAUGCCGACAGUUGGAGACAUCUGGCAAAGAAAUCGAAUCAGCUGCGAGCAAAUCUCUCUGGCCAGAGUAUGAGAUUGUGAAUGAAGAUGAGUUUGAACUUGAUGAGAUUCCUGAUAAUAAUGGAUCUGCUAGUGCAUUGGUUUCUAGAAGCCGAAAAGAUGAAUAUUUUGGAAAGCUGCAGACAUAUUUCAAGGGGUCUGGUGAAAGCAGGAGUUGGGCAUCUUUUCAUGAAAGAAUAUCUCUGGCUCCUGACCAAGUUUUGAGGUAUUCUAGCUCUGCACAAGCAAAACCAAUAUGGCCCAUGGCUAGUGGUCGCCCAUCAACAGUCGACAUUCCCAAGUGCAACUAUUGUGGUGGCACUCGUGGUUUUGAAUUUCAGGUAUUGCCACAGUUGCUUUAUUUCUUCCAUGUGGAAGAUGGUGAAGAUUCUCUUGAUUGGGCAACUAUUGUUGUGUAUACAUGCGAGUCAUCGUGUGAAGCAAGUGUGGGUUACAAAGAGGAAUUUGCUUGGGUUCAACUUGCUUCCCAGUCGAUAUCGCACUAAUAAAUUCGAGGAGUUGGCAAACAAACAUUAAACAGACAAAAGUUGGGGAACCGUAAUAUAUGCUCAUAUUCUUUUUGUCUCCACUUCUUCAUUCCCCUGUUUCUUUGUGUACUAUGAAGACAUACAUUACAUUCAGGUCAUUUUCUUUUUGGGCAUUUACCUCUUAAAUGAUAAUUGUAAAUUAGCUGGUUGUAUUAUUAUACUGAUGGGCUCCUUUUCUUUUUCUUUUUUGGAAAUAUUCCCAUAAAGUUACAAGUUUAAUAUUUAUUUAUUUA